AAUGCGCAAAGUGUUUGAACGUCAUACAAUGUUUGUUCUUUCUUUUUGUGCAUGAAGUGUGUGUGCGUGUGUGUGUGUGUGUGUGAGAGAGAGAGGGAGAGAGAGAGGGAGUGUGAGAGGGAGAGAGAGAGUUGAAUGAAUGAAUUUGCAUGAAACCCAAAGUUUCCACAGAAUCCUUCGUCCUGCAUGUCCAUUUAUUUUCGAUCAUCUCUGAGAGUGUGUGCGUAAAACCCGAACAGGCUCGAGCGCUUCAUUUCGAUUCACCGGGGACCCCUGCGCGCAACAAGAGCCCCCCAUGGGUGCAAUAGUGCAAACACAGUCUGCGGUGAUUGGCCAGAGGUUGAUCAGAUGGUACACUUCCCCUCUGUAUUCAGUGGCACCUCGCAACCCCCCCCUUUCAGCAAAAACCAAAUCUCGGAUAAAGUAAUGGCAAAACCACUUGGACUAUAAAAGACAACAAAUCAUAUUCCUCCGGAGUAUAUACACCCCGUUGUCCACCCAAUGAGUUCCUAUUUUGUUAACUCAACUUUUCCCGUGUCUCUACCGGGAGGACAGGACUCUCUCCUGGGUCAGAUACCGUUAUAUUCCUCGGGAUACACCGAUCCGUUAAGACACUACUCCAACGCGGCCACAUAUGGAGCCGCCAACAUGCAGGACAAGGUUUACCCUGCGUCCUACUACCAGCAGACUGGAGCAGCAGCCAUCUACGGCCGAGCCGGAGGAGGAGCGCCCUGCGACUACAACCCGGUGGGGACUUUCUACAAGGACGCGGAGGGCUCGUGCGCUUUCUCGAGCCGCGACGACCAGCCUCUGUUUGUCACUCAGGAGCAUCAGCAGCGCAAAGCGGAGUGCGCGGAGCAGGCUGUCAGCAUGAGCAGCAGCCUCGACGACAAGUCCUCCACCCUGAUCUACCCGUGGAUGCAGAGGAUGAACGCCUGCUCCGCCGGUCCAUUUGGAAACAGUGGCCGCAGGGGCCGACAGACCUACACCCGCUACCAGACUCUGGAGCUGGAGAAGGAGUUCCACUUUAACCGCUACCUGACCAGGAGGCGCCGGAUAGAGAUCUCUCACGCGCUGUGUCUGACGGAGAGACAGAUCAAAAUCUGGUUCCAGAACCGCAGGAUGAAGUGGAAAAAGGAGAACAAACUCCUGAAUCCCUCAAAGACAGCGGAGGAGGAGGAGGAGGAGCAGGCGGAGAAAAAGAGCUAAAAGGACACUGAAGAAAGAAAAGAAAAGAGAGAGGGGCACGUGGGUGUUUGUGUGCACACUCCUAAAAUAAAGUGUAUGAUUUCUCUGUAGAUAAAGUGCUGAAUCCCAUGUUAGAGAUAGAGACUUCAUUCCAGUCUGUGCACGGUGAUAAUGUCUGCAUUAGGGUUUCAAAUCUGUUUGUCUUUGUGCUCGUCUGUUGAUUUUUGGGGACUAUGCAAAAAAAAAAAAAGAAGAGAAAAAUCCACCAAAAUGUAAAUACCUGAAAGUGUUUAGUUUUUGAAAAUGUGUUACCUCAUCUACUGACUUUACUUUGAUUGUGUCUGUCCCCUCCUGACAUUAAAAGAGGCUCAGUCCCUCUCUGGUGUUCAUCUUGUGCUGUAGUUGUUCUAUAAUAAUAUUAAUAAUAAUAAUAAUAAAGUUAGUGAUAGGCUUGUUGUUUACAGCUGUGCCAUCCACAUUUGUACAGAUGUUACAUGUUAUUUAUUGUUGUUCACCUGUGUUCAAGGCACAUCUGGAUAUUGUGUGCAAUAUUUUGUUUAGGAAAUUGUACAUAGAAAUAAA